AUGGCCCAGAGUGAUUGCUUUCCGGAGAACUUUUCGGAGCUUUCGUCGUGGGAUCUCUGGGAUGCCUCGGAGCAGUUUGCGGGGCGGGACGGUUAUUCCCGUGAGCAGUGGUUCAGCUUCUGGCGUUCAGCUUUGCAAGAUCGGGUGGAUGCCCCGACCCAGGAGCCCUGUUCUACUUUGCCCUCACCUACGACGACGGAGCCAGCACCCUCCGACGAACUCGACGGUGCUACGACGGAGGCGGCUUCUACUUUGCCUGCAUCGGCAAUCGAUCCUUCGUCUACUUUCCCGGCCCCGCCGGAAGCCCCCCACCAUGAAUGGGGCACAGAUGAGUGGGUGACACAGCACCUCGAGCGUUGGGACCCGCGCCCGGACCCCACUACUUUGCAGACGCCUUCUGAUGGUCCGGGCGACACUUUGCCCUGCACGGUGGAAGCGGAUCCCCCUGCCUCAACACAGGCGGCUGAAGUGCUUUCCACGGAUGGGCCGCCCUCUUCUUUGCCUACGCCUACCAUGGAGGAGGCGGACUAUGUGCCGUGGAACUUUUCGCAGCUCACGGAGGCGGAACUCUGGCAGGCGGACUUCAGCUACUUUGCACCCUGCUUCAGAUGGUGCUGCUGGGUCCACUACGGAUGCUCCCCCAGAUCCUUAGCCUUCCACGACUUCUACAGAUUCGUCCCCUCCUUUACCUUCGUCGGCAGCUUCGGGGACUACCACAGCACAGGACGGCAGUUCUUUACCGCAAGCCUCUGCAUCAGCAAGCGGCGAUCGGCCGCGUACUUUGCCUCACAAUCAGCGCGUUUUCCGCACAGAGUGGGGCGAAGAUCAGUUGAUCCAACGGGCAACGGUAUUUUGGAGCAGGUACGUGCGGCGCUACUUUGCUCGAUCCUCGUCAUGCACACGUCCAUCGUUGCAGACUCUGUUAUGGAGAAUACCGUCGACGGCAGGGGCGCAAUACUUUCUGCAAUGCUUACGGACAGUGAUGGAUUCGUUAUCCCCGAGAUCUACGGUGCAGCAGUUGGCCACAGCUUUGCAGCUCUCGAUCCCAGUCUCGAUGCUUUCCUCACGGCCAAAGGGUGGUCGCCGGAUGCUGAAGAGCGUGACUUUGAGAAAGCCUAUCCUUCCGAAGUUUUGGAUGAGGAGGACUAUCACUCGGCUCGUCCCAAGAAGAUGGCGAAAUUUGAGAGCUUUACAGACGUCCUUUACGACGACGUGCCCUCACGCAACAUCGCUGAGAACAUGGGGCUGUACGGGAUCAGCAAUUUACUUUCCAUACAUUCCAACGCCAUUGCACUCGCGGACAUUGCCCAUCUCGCUACUUUACGUGCCUAUGAGCGUAAGUUCUUGAAACAUGUCCAAGCCCGAACAGAUCCCACUUUGCGUCCACCGAACGCACAGGAGUGCGAAGCGGCUGAUCGACGAUGUUGGGAGGUCGUCGGUCAGCUCAGGCAGGAGGGUUGGUCGGUUGAUGAUGCUUUGCAUGAGUUCACUGAUGUUCGCGCGGAGCUCGUUGCUUUGCUCGCUCCCCGUCUCGCUCCUUUCAAAGGGAAGAAAGGAGAUGGCAAGGGCGGAAAAGAACCCUGGAAGGGCCAGCCCCACAAAGGGGGUAAGACCACGGGGGGCAAAGGCGGUGCAGGUGCUGGAAAGGGGAAGUCGAACUUUACCAAGGGCACCCAUGCGUUUGAGUGGGCGAGCAAGGCGAAGAUCAAUGGGGAGCAGAAGGUACUUUGCAUGGCAUACAGUACCCACAAAGGCUGUACGUCUGCCAAUUGCAAGUUCGAGCACCUUUGCCCCGUGAUCUUGGAAAAUGGGGGACCGGGCCUUGAAGACGCAGGCAGUGAAGGCCUGGUUCCAGUUACUUUGCCUGCAGAUGUUCCAGGAGAUGCUCAUUCUCCGCAGCCCCGUGAUCCUCCUCCGGAUCCCGUGGCAUCGAGUGCUCCUCAGACCUUUGCACGCGUUGUCUCGGAACCUGGCUCAGGCUUUUUCCUGGACAUCAACGGAGGGGUUCGUCGCCCACUCUCGGCAGCUUUUCUUGGAGCGGGCUGUGAUACCUUUUCAGUCGCUCCCGAGGCUUUUCCAGAACGUGACCUUUUGCAGGAUGAUUUCUUCUUCGCUUUGCUCAGGGUUUGUCACUCUGGGCAGGUCGCUCUUUUACACAUUCUGCUUUUGGCCAGCGACUUUUCUUCGACUCUCUUCGAGCGUAUGAUCCAACUAGCACAUGCUUGUUUUGCAGCGGGAUCCCAUGUGUUGCUUUCUCAGCAUUCUUCUUCUGCAGUUUGGAGCAAUCCUUCAUUGCUUUUUCUCUUGCGACAAAUGAGCUCCGAUAUUAUUUUCUGGGAUCCGCUUCAAUUUGGGUGCAACUUUUCGAACGUCGGGAUUUUGGCGGCAUCCUUUUCUUCUUUGCAGCAUUUGGCGACAUCCUCUUCGGCCACCUCUUCGACGAAGGCCCCUGUGGAGCCUGUUGAUUUCGCACUCAGCGCGGACUUUGUGCUUGCGGUGGCCAAAGGUUCUCUGCAUCUUUUCUCUUCCAGAAGUCCGGAACCUGAAGAUUUGCAUCUGAGUCAGAUUCCUUUCCUGAGGCAGGUCAAGCAGACGUUCGAGCCUCCCUUUGCGAACCAGGACGGUGCUGGGAUUUACUCGGUACCUGAUUGGAGUGCUCCCCCACCGGGGGCACGGGAUUUACUUUGUGGCCUCAGAUCCAAGCUUCGACAGUGGCUUUUUGACAACAAGAUUCCACAACGACUGCGGGUCCAUGCUUUGCAGCACAGCUCGGAACCUCUUUUCCAGGAGGGUGAGAUUCAUCAUCUGAGGCAACUUUUCCAGACCUGGGUUUUCGAACAGGGGUCGAAACAUGAAGUCGACUGGACGAUCCCCGAGCAUCAACCUUAUGCCUUGCAUGCCCUGAAAUUCUUUUCGGCGUUUGUCAAGGACAAGGACGAUACACUUUGUCAGUGCUUGAUUGAUGGUGUCCCCACGGGGUACGAUGGCGACAUUCCGCUUUCCAAGGUCUUCAUACCACACCCUUCGGCACCGGAGCUCGACCACCAGCUUUCUAUCGCCAAGGACAACUGGCAGAGUGCUAACAAUGAUCCUGAUACUUUGCGGGAACUUGUGCAAGCUGAGGUUCAGAAAGGAUGGCUGUUCGAGAUGCCUUCUUUACAGGCGGCCCAGGAGCGUUGGGGGGAACGCGUCGCGGUAGGGAAAAUGUCGCUCGUACUUUCCCCGCCGAGGGCUCCAAGACUGGUGGUCGACUCUACGGUCUGUGGUACCAAUGACGCCUGCUCUAUUCCGGAGCGUUAUACUUUGCCAGGCCUCCAAGAUGUUCGAGAUUGCUUUCCUUUACGCCAUCAUACAGGCCUGUGUGAAGGUUUCCACCUGGAUGUCAAAGCAGCUCACAAAACGGUGCGCGUCAAAGAGUCGGACCAGGGGUUGCUCGGUGUCACUUUGCCAGGUCCAGAGGGUGAAGAUGAUAAGCUUUUCUUUUAUCGCGUUUGUCCAUUCGGUGCAAACUUUUCCGCUUUGUGGUUUCAACGACUGGCUGGCAUGCUUUUGCGACUGAUGCAUCUUUGGAUAUUUGUCCGCCACGCCCUUAUGGGCUAUGUCGAUGAUUUUCUUUUCAUCCAGGACCGCGAAUGUAUACUGUAUUCGGCUUCCCUUUUACUUUGCUUUACAUCCAUAUUUGGAGUGCCCCUGAGCUGGGCCAAGUUGCAGUUGGGGAGCUGUAUAACAUGGAUUGGCUGGACGUUCAACUUUACCAGCGGCUCUUUUCAUAUUCCUAAAGAGAAAGUUGACAAGCUUUUCCACUUGAUUCAGGAGGCUACACGGUCCAGGAGGGUUACAAGUGCCCUGUUGCACAAACUGGUGGGACUCCUGCAGUGGUUCUGCCAGCUUUACAAAUCUUGCAAACCUUGGUUGGCUGCGCUUUUCUCGGACCUCCACAGACAUUUGGCCUCUCAGUACAGCAUAUCACAGGGACUGUGGCCUUCUUUGUCGAAUUACCUGGAUGAUGAUCUCCGCUUUACAUCCAUACCUCCGGGUACUCAAGUACCCCUUGGGGGCAAGCUUCUGGAGGCCCGUCAUACGGAGCUCAAAACCAAGCAAGAUCUUUGCAAGGUUCGUACCUCCAACCGCAUUUGGAUGCGGGUGACAAACCCAAAAUCAGACCGACGCUCGCUGUCGCCGGCUUCGAGAACUUUUCUGGCUUUCUGGAAGGAGUGGUGUCAGCGGCCUCAGCCUUACACCGCUCUUUCUAUUCCUUUACGACUCCAGGUCGAGGCCUUUGCGGAUGCAAGAGCAGAUAGCGAACUCAUUGGCAUCGGCGGAUUUAUAGCUUUUCCGUCGGGGAAGUGCAUUUGGUUUUCUCAGUCCUGGCAGCUUUCAGACUUGUCCAUCCUGGGACUUGAGCUUCGCCGACCUGCACAUAAAGAUAUUGCCUGUUAUGAAACUUUAGCGCAGAUCGCUCUGGUACACUUAUACAGGUCUGUCUUUCCUUCAGGUCGGGUGGCAGUGCGUCUGCCUUCCUUUUCUGACAAUGCAUCGACUGAGGCUCUGGGGGCUAAACUUUACACCUCCAAAUGGCCUCUUGGAGCGUUUGCCCAGAAACUUUCCCUGAUAUCGGCAGCGUCGGGGAUCGAGCUGGAUAUAUCUCACAUUGCCGGUGAGAAGAAUGAUGAUGCAGAUCUUUUGAGCAGGUGGAAUCAAACAGAUGCUUUACCGGACAGGUGGCGGAAAGAAGACCGGGUGGACUGCUCUCUCACCUUCAUCUGGUUCUUUCGCAAGGAGGUCAUGGUGUGGCCCUCCCACUUUUCCUUGCCUGCAAGCACACAGGAAAGGCAUGUGUCAGAUGAUGACCUAUGA